UCAUGCUGCUGCCAAGUCCAGAGUCUCUCAUGGGUCCCUGUACGGCCUCCCAUUGCUGCUGUCUCCAUCGCCACACUCUGCCAUGUGCCACUUUCAGGUCUCCUCACACUGCUGGUGUGUUCAAUUUUUUGACAUAGGGUGCUGGCAGAUUACGGGCCUCCCAUAGCUGCUGCCAGGCCCCUAAUCUGCCAUGGGCCCCUAUACCGCCUCCUCAUGCUGCUGCCAAGUCCAGAGUCUCUCAUGGGUCCCUGUACGGCCUCCCAUUGCUGCUGUCUCCAUCGCCACACUCUGCCAUGUGCCACUUUCAGGUCUCCUCACACACUGCUGGUGUGUUCAAUUUUUUGAC